UUCAGUUGUUCGACAAAUAACAAGAGCAAAUGUUCCGAUCGUCUGGAAGCACGAGCGAAAUGACCUAGAAAAAAAAAGAUGAAAUAAGAACAGACCAUUGAAUAUUAUCUGGACAAUGGAGAGAGUUGGUGGUUUAACCUGGACUACACCUCCCAUCAUUAGACUACCAGUACGAUUCAAGAGGAGAAGUCCCAAACUAUCGCCGUCACUCAAUCAAAGCUUGCCUGGCAAGCUUUGCUAUAAAUAACCGUCUUUCUUCAAUGGGUAUCAUUUUACGUAUGGGUAUUCAUACUAUAGACUUAAUAUAACGUGACACUCACGUUCUGGCUUUACCUCGCCACUAAAUGGAUAUUGAAAGAGUGCAUAAAACUGUGUGUUGGACUUGAGUAAGAGCAGUACGGGUGGAGCCAGAUCAAUGUUUAUGAUUGAUUGUACAGGACUUAUUAUAUAUCCACGAAGUUUUAGUAUAACCUGACUUUACUUGAUGUAGGUGUACACUACUUACACCAAGUUUGUGCUAGUGGUAUAUCAGCUGAAGACACGAAUGUACAAAGGAGUACUUAUAGUGUCCUUAUUCAUAGCCCUUAACUUUAACACAGGGGCAUGUAAACAGGGUUGUGCGACCGUCUAUGGUCCCUGUCCAGGGAACAGACCACGGAUACCGGCCGAGGAGGGAUGUUGUCCGGCUCGAGUCGGAGAAGCGUGUGGAGUGGACGUAGGGGUAUUCUGUGACGGGGAACUAGGUUAUAAAUGUGUAGCGGAAAACGGACGAGACGGUCAGGGCAUAUGCCAAGGUCCAUACAAAUUACGCAGAACUAUCAACGAAGAAAGAAGAUUAUCCAUAAAAUGGCGAGCAUUUGCGCCACCCAACUACAACAUGGAGUACAGUUUAUUACAUAGAUCUGAUAAUUAUAGUACCAAUUUAUCGACGUGGAACGUUAUUGAGUGUGGUGAUGAACCUGAAUAUACACUAACCAGUUUAAAACCAGCCACAUGGUAUUUUAUACGAAUUGGUAUCUGGAGUAUACCAUUUCACCCAGACAAUCGAACUUAUAGCAACAUCACAGAAACAUUGAUGAUAAAAACCAAAGAUGUAGAAUAUUGUGAACAUGUGGGUAAAAAGUAUGAAGUUGGUGAAGUAUUUAAUCAUAAUAAUGAAGACCGAUGUACGUGUUUGAAUACUGGAGAACUGGUCUGUACGAGUCUAUGUCCCAACAUCUCUAAUCAAGCAUGUGAAAUACUCCCAGGUAGAUUCGAUUGUCUUGAAGGGGAUUGUGAAACAAUCCAAGCUAACUGUUCUAUAAAUGGUAGUGUAUAUAUACACGGUGAGGUAUUUGAACAAGGUUGUACAGAAUGUCAAUGUAAUAAUGGUAAUGCCACGUGUAUUGUACCAUCUAACUGUGUUGCUAUGGAACCAACUGAAGCUUGUCCAAGACCUCAAUCACAUAAAAUAGAGGGCGACUGUUGUCCCACUUGGACUUGUGGUCCAUCACAACCAACAUCAUGUACAUAUAAGGGUAAAGAGUACAGCCAGGGUUAUGAUUGGUUGGAUGAAGAAACAUGUGAACAAUGUCAGUGUGAAAGUGGGGAGGUGGCCUGUUAUUAUUUCUGUGAAGAACCCGUGUUACCAGAAGAUUGUCCACGUCCACAUCGUAGACGUGCCCCUAAUGGCUGCUGUGAAAUUUACGAAUGUCUACAACCGGUUGAUAUAUGUGUAUAUGCUAACGGUACAUUUCACCAAGGUGAAUUCUUAACUGGUAAUCAAUGUGAACUGUGUGUAUGUAGUCUCAACAACACAGUAGAAUGUUCACCAAGAUGUAGAGAGGUUCACCUUCCAUUACCAACCGUUGUCUGUCCUAAACCACAUAUUAGACGGUAUGACUGCUGUGAUACACUCUUCUGUUAUGAACCAGAGAUAGAUAUCAUCACCGCCAUUAAACAAAUUAUUUUCCAGAUAUCAUCACCGCCAUUAAGAACAUCUACGCUUCUUCAUAUGGACCUAAUUCCGUAA